UAGUUUGGCUUAGUUCUCUGGACCACAAUCCAUUUCUGCACACAAAUCAUACGAAUCAUAGUUAAAAAUAAAUAAAUAUUAUAAAUAAUUAGAGGGGUUUGGUCCUAUAAAUUUUGACGAUUGGCCCCACUAAGUGAUUUUCUAUAGAAUAGAUUGUUAUAUAAAAUCGACGACGACUUUAACACCCAAGUCAAUGAAGAGGAAGUCUUAUUUCUUUGCAAUGAUGAUGGUGGUAUGGUAGUAAGUGUGUGCCAUGGUGGUGAUGAUGGUGAGCAAGUUAGUGUCCAAAAAUCACUAAGAAACAGCAGAGUCAGUACGAGCAGCUAAAGAAAUACAUGCCACCUAUUGUUGGAUACCAAAAUUUGCUAAGAAAAAUCCUUCUCGAGAUUGAAAUCACAUGAUUUGAGCCCAAGCAGAAUACAUCACAAAAUUUAAAUUUUUGUUUGAACUGUGAAGAAAAAAGGAAAUCACGCACAAAAAUGGCUGGUGGGGCUGCCUCUGUCUUGCGGCACAAUACCCAAGAAGGACGAUCCAAUACAACGGCCGAUAAUUCACCUUCGUCGAAAUACUCACGGGCAGCAGCACCCAAUUUUAUGUUAACCUCUCACUCGGAAGCAUUAUUGCAAGGACUAAACGCCUUAAGAUGUUCAGAUAAGUUAUUUGAUGUUACCCUUAUUGUGGAGGGAAGAACAUUUAAGGCCCAUCGUGUUGUUUUGGCAGCCUGCAGUGACUACUUUUGCGCCAUGUUUACCGAUGCCAUGCGUGAAGCUCGCCAAUCCGAAAUCAAACUGAAUGGAGUCAAUGCUCGUGGUAUUGAGCUACUCAUUGAAUAUGCCUAUACAUCAAAAUUGGAAUUGGAUCGCAAUAAUGUCCAAGAUGUUCUCUCCGUAUCGACUCAUGUCCAAAUGAAGGCGGUAAUUGAGGCUUGCUCCAAUUAUUUAGAAUCCCAAAUUGAUUUGGAAAAUUGUGUAGCCAUAGCGGCUCUAGCUGAUCUGUAUGCCUUGGAUGCAUUGAAACGUAAAACAUAUCGUUUUAUUUGCUCUCGCCUAGAUGAAUUUGCCCAAACAUCUGAUUUAAUUAAUCUAACAUGGGAUCAGUUGGAUUAUAUACUAUCGUGUAACUAUCCAGUGGAUUGUCGCGAGGAAAGGGUAUUGCAAAUUGCAUUACAAUACUGUUUGGAGACACGAUUGAAACUGGAUUUAGCUAGAUUAUUAUUUGCCCAAGUGCGUUUCAAUCAAAUCAAAGCCGACGAUGUGAACAGUUUACUUUCCAACACGGAAGCGGCCGAGGAAGAUUCUCAACAAUAUGUCGAUGCUGUAAGGCAGGAAAUGCAAAAGCAACAACAGCAAAGAAAACAUAGCACAAAAGAUUGUGAUGAGGUUAUAUCCUCGAAUGUUCUGAUCAAUUCUCGUGGCAUGGAAUUGGCCUUGGUAAAGAUUGGAGGUUUCGAAACAAAUGGCUUGACAAAUCAGAUAAGUUGUUUCCUGCCAUCUGUGGGUAAAUGGGAAAGUUUAACUGUGAUUCCACACAUAGAACAAUGUAACUAUGGCACUGCUGUGUUGGGCAAUGAUUUGUAUAUUGUGGGUGGAUCAUAUGAUGUCUGUCUUAAAGAAUAUAUACAUCCCUUUGGCUUUCGUUAUUGUCCCACCAAGGAUAAAUGGAAAACAAUUGCACCCAUCCAGGCUGAUCGUUGUCGUUUCUCUUUAAAUGCCAUGGGUAAUAAUUUUCUCUAUGCUGUGGGUGGUGUCUGUGAACUGAAUGACAACGAUGGCGAUCAUUAUGCCAAUGAUAUGGCCCAGUCGAAUUGUGAACGUUAUAAUGCCAGUGCCGAUCGUUGGGAAUAUUUGCCACCGCUGGCCGAAAAUCGUAGUCAACAUGCUGGAGUGGUCCUGGGCGAUAAAUUGUAUAUUUCAGGAGGCAUAGAUCGCCAUUUGGUCUUAGCAUCUCUAUGGUGUUUCGAUACCACGACUGAAAAAUGGAUUAAACUGUGCCAAAUGCCCACACCCAGGGCCGAUCACAUACUCAUAGCUUUGGAUGGAAGAAUAUAUGCCUGCGGUGGAUGGUAUGAAGAUAGUGUAACGGAGACUCGUGUCUUGGCCGAAACCAUAGAUGUCUAUGACAUUGCCACAGAUACAUGGUCCACAGAGUCAACAAAUCCAAUGCCAAAAUAUUACACCGGUGUUGCAGCCGUAAAGAAACGCAUUUAUUUCAUAGGAGGUCUACUGUCGUCGGCCACAAUUAAUCGGGCCACAUCUGCUGUGCAAUGUUAUGACUUGGAAACAAAACAGUGGUCAUACAACGUCGAAUGGGAAUAUCCCAAAGAAGUGUGGGAAUGUACGUGUGCGGCAUUUUAUGUGCCACAGGAACGUGAUGAAUUCUAUUGGGGUGAAAGUGCGUAAAAAAUCUAAACAAACAUAUAAAUUUAUGUAUUAACACAAUAUGCAAUAUUUAAAAAUAAUGUAGUUUAACUUUUUUAUACUUUUUCAAAUAAUCCAACAAUAACAAUCAUAAAUUGUAGUUUGGAAAAUUAUUCAGAAACAAAAAUCUCCUUAAAAAUUUACGCAAAUAAUUAAUCUUAUGUAAAUAUGUUUAAUGAAUUUCAUGCUAUCAACAUUUGAAUUUCUUAAAGAAAACCUUUUAUAAAAUUAAAACUAAGAAAUUAAUAGUAUUCUUAAUGAAUCUCUUGCUUUUGUUUUCUUAAGACCUUCUCUGUCUAGACCACAAGAAUUAAAUUCAAUGUUAAACUAAAACUGCUGCUUUUAUAUACAACACUUAAUGUAUUCUAUUUUUUAAGACCCCAUUUGUUUUAUAGAAAUAUUUUAUUUUAUACAACUUUUUUUACUAACACACUGCUGAAAUAAUUGUUUAAGUUUUUUUGUUAUAGAAUUAUUUAUAAAAAACAAUGUGUUUCAUAAAAGUACUACCAUCAAAUGGCAACACAUGUUUUCUAUUGUAAAAGUUUAUUUUAUUUUAAUUUUUUUCUUCAUUGUUAUCAGUCUAUAGAAACAUAGGAAAAUAAAUAUUUAGUUUUUUUUU